AAUGCAGCAAGGCACCGAUUUGGCAAUUUCUCUCCAAAAUUGUAAUUAAAAACCAUUUUCUUGUACAGUUUGCUCUUAUAUUCAUCAAAGUCAACGUUCCCAGAAAGAUAAACUGUAAUGGGUGGUAAAGCAGCCAUGGAAACCAGAUUACAGGACUUUGUGAAGUCAAAAACUGCAGAAUCUGUGUAUUUAGAUUUAUCAAGUCCAUCAAUAAUCGUGGUCAAGAGGAGGGGAAAACAGGGUUCGAUUCUUCUGGGAACAUUUUGGAUGAACGUUCUUCAGCAUCCUAACAACUAUCCAGUCCAAAGAUACCCAUACAAAAAACUGUACGAUAAAAACGGACAUUACAAGGUCAUGUUACGAGUGGACGAUGUCUCCAUUACUGUCUAUAUGACUACUGGUACUUUGACCAUUCAAGGCAGUUUUGUCUUGGACUGGUUUCUGAAGAGAUUUUCCAAAGUUAUGGAUGCCUAUGACAUGCCCCAUUUGGAACCCCAGCCAGUAUCUGAUGGAUACCUGGAGCAUGAAAAGAAGUGGACAGAACUCAUGAAGAAAGAUGCUGAAGAAAAAGAAAAAAUGCUUCAAAAACAGAGAGAUCUGGAAGAAAAGACCUUGACCUUGGAUGACAUGCCACCUCUAGAAAUAGCUUAUGUUAAGGAAGAGACCAACCUCACAAGAGAGGAGGCGCCAGAGGAAAAGAAGAGCGCUGAAAAAGGGGAGACAACUGUGGAGGACCUCACUGAUGAUCUGGAACUUCUAUCACUUGACCUUUGGACUGGAGAUGUGCUAAAUAGACAACUGACACAGCUAGGAACACCAAUAAUCAAAGAUGGCCCCAACUACAUUUACAAACUCUGGAAAUCUCUGCUUUCUCAUUGGCUGUCCAACCCAGACUCCCAUGUUUACUUAGCCACGCCCUUCCUAGACACUGACAGAAUGAUUGACAUCUGUGACCUUGUCCUCAAAAACUUUACUACAGCAAACAUUGAAGCUUUCUUUGUACGCAUCAAAUGUAACUAUACAGAAAAAAUCUCCGAUGUCAAGAGAAAUGCGCAAAAUCAUUUCCCAGGUAAAAUGCAGCCUGUCAUUGAAUACAAAGUAUACAACAGUAUCGUGUAUCCUCUAUCUACAUUCCAUGCCAAGUUUAUUGGUUGUACGGAUGGAAAAGGAGGGGCAGAGGUUAUGGUUACUAGUGCGAACUUCACGGCCGAUCACUUCAAACAUCACAAUACGGAGUCAGUCGCAUACCAUACCAUGUCAGAAGCUGAUUUUAUACACAGAUUCAUCAAACCUCUAACAAACUCAAGGCAAACCUGAAAUUAGUCUCCCAUUUCUUGUAAUUUUAGAAUAAUAUACACUUAUGUAACUUAUGCUAAGACUUUUUAUAGAGGCAAGAGGACUGUGUAUCUAUAUUGUCAAUGCAAACUGACAUGACAGGGUAUUUUCUCUCAAUUUUCAUCUUGGAACUUUUACGAUUUAUACAGAGAAUUAAAAAUAAUAUAAGACAUCUUGUAUUCUUUGAAUUACAGAUAUACAUGUACUUUAAAAAAGGUUAAUAGAUUAUCCUUUUAAGCCAGUAUGUGAUACAUGUAGGUGCAAUAAUGUAGCCCCCUCCUCUUUUUUUUGGGGGGGGGGGAAUCCAGAAAAUAUCAGAUGAAAAAAAUCGUAAAGGGCUACAUAAUUGCGGCUAGUAUAUGUAACAAUACUAGUUUUGUAUUACAACAAAAAAAUACAUAUUGUCACUGCUAGUUAUAUCAUU